AUGGACCCUGUAUCCCUUGCCGGCUUGGCGCUGGGAGUUGCUUCCAUCAGCCUCCAGGUUUACACAGGAUGUAUUCAAGGGAUACAGCUCCUUGUUACGGCAUUGGGCUAUGAGGAUGAGUGCAAAUAUCUCAAUCUCCGUCUCAGGAUGGAACAGCAGCGUCUGUUUUGCUGGAGUGAGGCUUCUGGCCUGCUUGACCUUGACGCCAAGAACCGAGACAAGGUUCUCAACUCAAACGUAUUCAAUCUUCACCGCCAGACUGUAAUUGAUCUACUUGUUCAAAUCCAGUGCCUCUUCAAUGAGUUUACAGAAUACCAGCAGAAGCACAAUAACCUUUCUACCGUCGUGGAUAAAGAUGGCGUCCUGGAUUCACCAGAAAAAGAUGCCAAGCUGUCAAACUAUCCUAUGAGUGAUAAGAAACGGAACUUUAUCAAAAAGGCCAUGGCUGGACUCAAGUCCAAAUCAUCAGAAAGCCUUACUAGGUUAAGGUGGACUUCAUUUGACAAGCAAGGGUUUGAAAAGUUGCUGGCCAAGUUUUCAGUCCUCAACGACAACAUGACCAAUAUCCUCGAUCACUCCUUGCAGGUCGAGAUUCGCAAUACUGUACAGGACACCAACCGUGGGGUCCUGUUACUCCAUCACAAGAUAGCCGAUCUGAGUCAUCUUGUGUUAGCUCUAAAGUCUCAGCUCGAUGCAGGUUCCCGGCUUGGACCAUCGCAAAUGUCCAAACUGGAAAGGGAAGCCAACGCUGACGCUCUACGGCAAUUGUCGAGAUUAGCCAAAUUCAAGGCCUUCAAUGAGACUAUCGAUCCCAAGUCAGAUAGCCCAGCAGUCUUUGACGAAGCUGCUGCAAAAUUCCUCGAUCUUGCAAAGCCAGGCCAUCAGCGCAAUCUAUUCAUCCCUCGAUACCUCAUAGAGCUAGACCCUGAGGUGGAUGAAUCAGAGGCUCCACGAUGCGAGGCUUUCAUGAAGACAGCAGAAGGCAAGAAGAAGGUUUGGAUUGAGUGGAAGGACUAUGACAACAUGGAUACCCAACCAGGUUCGCUAUCAAAGGCCGAUAUCAUUGAGAGAGUCCGAAAACUUGCUGCUUUGCUGAACCAUAGUCCCAAGCCCGAGGCCUUUCGCACUCCUCACUGUCUGGGGUUCUUCGAUAAAGCUGAUCCUAACAUCCCCGAGGAUGACGUUGAUAUUCUAGAUCGGAGACUCGGCCUCAUAUUCGAGCGCCCAUCCGACGAUAAUCUACAGACCUCUCUCCCACCUGUUUCGCUCCGUGAGCUUCUUCUAGACCCAAAGGUCCGCAAGCCUCGUGUUACAGAACGGGUGUACUUGGCACAUGCUAUCAGCAAUUGCCUCCUCUACCUUCAUGCUGUGCACUGGCUACACAAGGGUCUUCGCAGUCACAAUGUGUUAUUUUUCCGAACACGUGAUGGCCGCAUAGACUACCGUCAACCAUAUCUCUCAGGUUUCGAUUUUUCACGGCCUGGAGGGUUAGAUGAGAUGACCGAUGCACCAGGAGAUGAUGCAGAGCAUGAUCUAUACCGACAUCCCAACGCCCAGUCAAACCGUCGACGAGAUAGAGAGCGUUCGAAGAAAAGCUUCGACAUUUAUAGUCUGGGUGUCAUUCUAGUCGAAUUAGCACAUUGGCGGCCGGUUGAAGAUGUGCUGAGUAUCGACAUGAGGCGUGCGCGCGGGAGACCUGAUGUUGUGCGCGGUGUACGAGAGGCUCUGUUGGAGGAAGACCAAGUCGCAUCAGUAGGUGCUGACAUGGGAGAGAGGUUUGAAGAUGCGACACGGAAAUGUUUGGCUGGAGGUAAGGAUUUUGGACUCAGUGAGGGAGAUGAUGAGACACGAGAUGAAGUUGCUGAAAAGUUAUCAAUGAAAUUUUAUGAGGACGUGGUAAAGCGAUUGGAGGGCGUGGUCGUGUAG